UGUGUGUCGGUGUGUGUGUGUGUGUGACAGCUGCGCGCACUGAGCUCACUAAAGCUCCAGCUCUAAUAGGAUGAACAGCCGCUCGUGUGUGAAUGCUCCUUCAUUGUUCGUUUUCUUCUUUCUUUCAUAUUCUCGCGGACUGAUCGAUCAGUGAUCGGAUGUGAUCGGAUGUGAUCGGGCGUUCUGAUGGAUUUAUCGGUGUGAAGACGCUGUCAAACACGCUGAGCUUGAGAAGAGAUCGAGCGGGGCAUCAUGCGGUCGGAGGGGCUGUUACUGUAUUUCACGCUGCUGCAGACGGCAGGAGCCGCUUUCCCAGAAGACACGGAGCCCAUCAGUAUUUCACAUGGCAACUACACUAAACAUUACCCAGUGUUCGUUGGACAUAAACCGGGGAGAAACAACACGCAACGCCACAGACUGGAUAUCCAGCUGAUCGUCAUCAUGAACCGGACGCUGUACGUCUCUGCCAGGGAUCAUAUAUACACGGUGGACAUCGAGACGGCGAACACAGACCAGAUCUUCUUCAGUAAGAAACUGACCUGGAAGUCCAGACAGGCCGAUGUGGACACGUGUAGAAUGAAGGGCAAACACAAGGAUGAAUGCCACAAUUUCAUCAAGGUGCUUCUCCAACAGAACGACGACUCGCUGUUUGUGUGCGGAACAAACGCUUUCAAUCCGUCCUGCAGGACCUACAAGAUGGACACGCUGGACACUCACGGUGAUGAAAUCAGCGGUAUGGCCCGCUGCCCGUAUGAUGCCAAACAUGCCAAUGUCGCCCUGUUUGCUGAUGGGAAAUUAUAUUCGGCUACAGUCACAGAUUUUCUGGCGAUCGAUGCGGUGAUCUAUCGCAGUCUGGGAGACAGUCCGACUCUGAGAACCGUCAAACACGACUCCAAAUGUCUGAAAGAGCCGUACUUUGUGCAAGCGGUCGAUUACGGCGGCUUCAUCUAUUUCUUCUUUCGGGAAAUCGCUAUGGAGUACAACAGCAUGGGAAAGGUCAUGUUUCCGCGCGUAGCACGUGUGUGUAAAAACGAUCGCGGCGGCUCUCAGCGCGUUUUGGAGAAGCAGUGGACGUCUUUCUUGAAGACGAGACUCAACUGCUCGAUUCCCGGCGACUCGCAUUUCUACUUCAACAUCCUGCAAGCGGUCACAGAUGUCAUCCACAUCAACGGACAUGAUGUCGUCAUGGCAACCUUCUCUACUCCAUAUAACAGUAUUCCCGGCUCGGCGGUCUGUGUGUAUGAUAUGAUGGACAUCGCAACAGCCUUCACCGGACGCUUUAAAGAGCAGAAGUCACCUGACUCCACCUGGACGCCCGUCCCAGAGGAAAGGGUGCCCAGACCGAGGCCCGGCGUCUGUGCAGGAACUUCCUCUCUAGAGAAAUACAAAGUGUCCAACGAGUUUCCCGAUGAAACGCUGAAUUUCAUCAAGAUUCACCCGCUGAUGGACGAGGCCGUUCCCUCCGUCGCAAACCGCCCGUGGUUCCUCAAAACGAUGGUUCGAUACCGUCUGACUCGGAUCGCUGUGGAUAAUGCCGCCGGUCCUCAUCGUAACCAAACGGUCGUGUUUCUGGGAUCGGAGCGAGGAAUCGUCCUGAAGUUUCUGGCGAAGAUGCGGAGCGGUUUAUUGAACGACAGUCUGUUUCUGGAGGAGCUGAACGUGUAUAACCCAGAGAAGUGCAGUAUUGACGGCGUGGAGGACAAACGCAUCAUCAGUAUGCAGAUCGACAGUCGGAGUCACUCGCUGUUCGUGGCGUUCACGUCGUGCGUCGUCAAAGUUCCUUUAUCACGCUGUGAACGGCACUCGAAGUGUAAAAAGUCCUGUAUCGCCUCCAGAGAUCCGUACUGCGGUUGGGUGUCAGAAGGAAGCUGUAAAGAGAUCUCGGCCGACUCAAAAUGGUCUUUCGAGCAGGACGUGGAAAGGGGCAACACAGAUGGACUGGGCGACUGCCAAAAUUCCUUCGUGGCGCUCAACGACCGUCAGUCCAGUCAUCAGGCCGAUAUUACCCACAAUCCUCCACGCGCAGGACGUGGUUCCUCCUCUCUUCUCACUACAGUCCCGCCCACGGCGGGGGGUCCACUGGGUCGCGGUCGUAUGGUGAAGGCGAAGGAUCCUCCGCUGCCCACCGACAAGAGGGACCCGUAUAUCGCAGUGCCAUCUUUAACAGAGCAGGAGAACGCUGGUGUGAUCCGCGAGACGUUCCAUCGAGACCGCGAUCAGAUGGUUCCCAUCACCCUAUUGGCCAUCGCCGUCAUCCUCGCCUUCGCCAUGGGCGCCAUCUUCUCAGGCAUCAUCGUCUACUGCGUGUGCAGUCACCGCCGGCGAGACUUUGAGAUACCUGCCCGCAAGGACAAAGACUCGGUACAGUCCAGACGAGGCUCCAUGAACAGCGUCACCAAACUGACGGGACUCUUCGAGAUGCAGGUGAAAGACGGCCAUCCGGAGGCCAUCCUCACCCCACUCAUGCACAACGGUCGCCUGGCCAACGGCAAGAUUCUCAAAGCAGAUCAGCAUCUGGAUCUGACCGCACUGCCUACGCCAGAGUCCACGCCCAUGCAGCCGCGCCGCAAGCACAGCCGAGGGAGCCGCGAGUGGGAGCGGAACCAGAACCUGAUCAACGCCUGCACCAAAGACCUGUCGUCCAUGGGCUCUCCGGUCAUCUCCGACCUGCCGCUGCGGGCAUCUCCGGGUCACAUUCCCAGCGUGGUGGUGCUGCCAUUACCUCAACACCAGCAGGUGUACCAGCACGAGUACGUGGAGCAUCCUCACCGCGGAGAUCUCACAGACGACCAGACCUCCAUGCUGGAGUACAAAGCCCUCAAGAGCCCGUGUCACAGCCUCAGCAUGUCAGACAGCGAUGGCAUGCCACCGCGAGUACCGCAGCGUGAGGCGUCUCUGACCGGUGUUAUUCCUCCGGCCGUUCCGCAGAUGGGCAAGAGACUGGACGUGUAUGGCCGCGGAUAUCCCAUGAACUCAUCCAAGAGUUCAGGCCUCAAGAAACACAACACAAACUCGUCCAACUCGUCGCACAUGUCCAGAAACCACAGCUUCCGCGUGGAGACGCCUCCGCCCGCGCCACAAAGAGUCGACUCGAUCCAUGUCACGUCUCCUCCGCCAAUGCUCAGCAUCUCACGUCAUCCCAGUCUGAGCUUGUACGGCUCGCUGCCCCGCUGCGGAUCCCGGCAGCUCAAACCGGACGUCCCGCCCAAGCCAUUGCUCGUGUCUCUUUCCACGAAAGUCAAGUCCAGCGACUCGUGCACAUAAUCCCAGCAGAUAAAGACGUGAAUGUGACACUAAAGUGCAUCUGCUUUGUACAGUUGUGUACAGGAAAUGCAACUCACUUUUUCCUUUUUUAUGCAUUUUUUAAUACAUAUUUGUGGAGCUCAAGCUGGAUGACAAACAUCUACUACUGACAGAAGAACUCUUGAAGAUCAUCAGCGAGCCGCUCAUGAGAUGAGAAUGUAGCCACGUUGCUGCUGAUGUUUCGUUUUCUGCCAAAAGCACAUCAGACGGGCGAAUUCAGUCACGAAGCUGAACGACGCCCCAGUUAUCAAGCACUCGGACACGUUCAGCACGCUCAGACUGAACCCGCCGCUGGAGUUUACAAACUGUGAAAAACAAACGCCUCAGUGUUAGCGCUACUGGACGAAGCAGUCGAGUUCUGCCUUUGUGCAAGAGUUCAAACACGUCUACUGUAACUGUCGACUGAAUAACACGUGACUGUUCAUACUAAUAGCAGGUUGUAUUUAUUUUUUAAUAAAGUGCUUUUGGAGAAAGAGCGACUCUUUUUAGGCUCAACACGAGGCAGGAACGAUCUUUAUAAUUUGAAUUAAUCAAGUGUGAAUUAUUUAAAGUCAUUAAACUGGAGCCAGUAACGUUUGUCCACUAACUAUUUGGAAGUUGCUACGAGAACUGAUGGAAGAUUUACAGGAACAACGAUCCCGACCGGAUCUCACCUUCACUAAUCCUCAUUCAUCACCUGAUAGUCAGCGAUCGCUGAGUGCCAUUCUUACGCCAGCGUGAAGACAAAACAAACGAAAGUGAAGGAUGAGUCGCACUUAGAAAAACAAGAGACUAAUGUGUGGACGUUGGCGCUGUGCCAGCGAGCAAAACGCCGUUUGCUUUGAAAUGUGUCCUUUUGUUGUCUCGUCCACACACGGAUCCUUUCGUUGAAUCUUCUCUGUUUUGAUUUCCUCCACCUGUAAAUGUGUGCCUUACACCCAAUAGUGACGAGUUCGUUAGGUGUUAACUGUUCAAUUGUAGUUCUUAUAAUGAUGUUUGUUUCACUCGUUUGAUAAAACAAAAAAAAAGACAGAAAAACUAAAGUAAUUCAAGAAUGUAGGUGUUGUCGACUCUCGUCCCUUUGCAAACCGCAACCGAUCUUGUGCUUGAUUUCUGAACAUUUUGCCAAUGAAACGUUCACUCGACCCUCUCCUUGUGCUGGGAGUGGCGAGAAUGGUGUAAUUUUGUUUGUCCUUUUUUUACUUUCACAAAGUCCAGAUGAUGUUUUUACACUGUUUGAUAGAUGCUGUAAUAAGAGCUCUGUUGAUCUGGCUGGUUAAAGGCAAUAAGAGAUAAAACACGUGAGCAAAUCUCACAUGAUGUCUGUCCAAACACACGUGUGCUUCUAAUGUCGAUGACUUCACAGUUUUUAGGCAGUGGAAACAGGCUGGCUCCUGUCUACAGUUGCACUCAGAUAAUAUUAGGGAACAGAUUCAUGUUUUCAAUGUUUGUGACAGAUUCUGAUUAAUAUAAUGUUUUCUAGCUCUAUCAUUGUGAUGUAAUAUGAGGGAUUGUGAUUUAACUGUUUUCACACUUUCUAGUUUUGGGCUUUGUUGCAUGCCGUCCAGUUACUUUUGAAACGACUCACAUAAAGAACGAGUUUAAUACCAGUUCAGAUCAAUGGACAGCAUUUGUGUCAUAAUGUCGAUCACCACAAAAAUAAUUAUUUUGACUCGUUCCUCCUUUUCUUUAUCAAAGCACAAAUGUGUGUUCCAGUGAGACACUUACAAUGGAAGUCAAUGGGGACAAUUUUUGGAGGUUUAAAGACAGAAAUGUGAAGAUUAUAAUAUUAUAAAAGCACUUACAUUAAUUCUUCUGUUUACACUUGUGUUUUAUUUGAGCUGUUAAUUUGUUUAAAUCAUCAUUAUGGGGUUUUAGGGUUUUGGCAUUACAUCGUCAUGACAACCAAGUUGUAUAAUUGUCUAUAAGUUUCCACAGAUGUGUCAGUAAGUGAUUUAAUGACAGUAAAAUCAUGUUAACACACAUAUUGUUCAUGUCUUGUGUCUAUACUUGUGAAACAGUAUUUUAAUGUUUACAGAUUAAACCCCAUUGACUUGCAUUGGAAGUGUCUUACUGGAACACACAUUUAAAGAAAAGGAGGAAUGAGUCGAAAUUACUUUCUGUGGUAAUCGAUAUUAUACCACUAAUGCUGUCGAUUGAUCUGAACUGGUAUUAAACCCGGAAUAUUCCUUUAAGGCUGAAACAUACUCUACGCAAGUAUGCGACCGCAGACGCUUCUAGUUACAAAAACUCACUUUUAUAUGUAGUUUUGUUCCAAAAUGUGUCAGACCCUAAUUCAUAACAUGAUGCAAGUACACGAUGCCACAACGAGUGCUAUAAGGGGCUUCUCCACUGCGCGGUACAGCUCAACUCCACUCGCUUUUUUGGGGGUUUUCCACUGUGGAUUGCACCUGGUACCUGAUACUUUUUUAGUACCACCUCGGUUGAGGUCGCAAGCGGGCCGAGCCGACACUAAAUGUGAUGUCAUAACCCUGCAGAUCACUGAUUGGUCAGAGAGAAUCGUCUCUACCAGCGUCACUGGAUUUCCAACAUGCGACAUCAACCCGCUAGUUUUAAAGUUAGCAACAGCGCUAGCAGUAUCAUUUGUUCACGCCACUUUCGAAUUGUGAAAAAAGAAAUGGCUGUGCCGUAGUCAAUAAACGAGGUGCAGACGGUCCUCUCGUUAGCGAUGAGCGGAAUGAAAAAGUCUCUCAGGAAGUGUCUCAGCUGUUGCCCGCACACGGAUACCACCGGACCUCCCAACAGUGCAGGGAAAAGUUCAACUUAAGUGAUGACAGAACCAUCAAGGAAAAGAGGAUGUGGUUCGACCAAAUGGACGAGCAAUGGGAGGGAGAGUGCGCUGGACUGAUCCACGAUGGAGGAUGGGACGUUUUGUUACGCUAACUCUAUAUUCUGCUCUAUAUAAGCUUCACUUUAUUUAGUUGAGCAGCUACUGGAAGCUUCUAAAACAACCACUUGUGUAAAAUCACCAUCAACAACUGCUUUAUGCAGCACAAUGUGCUAGUCGCUAACAGCUAGCGACGGAUUACCGACCGGGCCAAUGGGGCUAGUGCCCAGAGCGCACUUGACUACCUAGGGGUUCCCUGGGCUUUACGGAUGCACGAUCAAAUUUGGUGCCCCCCCCCAAUUGACAACCCUUUUGGGCAUGAACAACAACCCCCCACCCC